AUGGAUGAAGAGGCUGAUGUAUCAAUAGUGCCUUGCAAAGUGGUCACUGCAGUCUGCAGGUGGCCAAUGGUUGUCUGUAAAUUUGACAUCAAUGCACUCAACUCAUCCAUGGGUGAUGUUGCUUCAGAAUUUUGCUGGCAUCGACCUGAAAUAACAAGGACAUUAUUGGGAGGGGAGCUAUCCCAAUGGCAAGAAUGUCUGGAUGACAGAUCUUCUUCUACCUUCUACAACUUUAUCACAUGUCUGUGGAUCAAGAAAUAUGGGUGGUUUUUUGACCAUUGGUUUGACCUUGACGAAGACACUCCUGAUCUGGAGGAUGAUGAACUGGACUUCAAAGAAGCGCAAGCUCUAGAGGAAAAUGAGGAUUUUGAGGGUGGAAUGCAAGCACUCACUUAUUUUGUACCAAAGCUGCCCUGGAAGCCCCAAAUUCUGCAGUGCUAUUCUGGGCUAUACUACCAAGAGGGCAUCAAGUCAAAUGCAGACCUGGAGUUUCAGUGGAAGUUGACAGUGUAUCAACAAGAGUUGAAGCAGUGGGAGGAGGAGAUGAAGGUUAUAUGUACUGCUGAAAAGAUACCACCUGUCAAGCUCAAAGCACCCUCCCAUCUAUCAGUUCAGAAUGAAAUCACGCACAUGUUGUGGAAUGCUGAGUCUCAGGAGUUCUGUGAUGAGGUAGAGGGAAAGAUGAUGGACAAGUAUUGUGAAGCAUUAGAGACUCACAAGAAGGUGAUUGAGCAGGGAGGAUCAAAUCAGCUGACUGCUGAGAACUAUCACGCAUAA